UCAAGUAUUACGUGCAAAAAUUUUCCUUCAUCAUUAUCAGCAGCAAAAAAAAAAACAAUUCCAGACAUUUCUAAGCCCUUGAAUAAGUGGUAUUGCAAUAGUAGGAGCUAUUCUACUUGAGGGUGGUAAUGUGAUUUUUUUUUAUAAAUGGCCAGGACACCAGUUGCAAUUGACAGCCAACAAUUAAGUAAAGAGAAUAAUAGAAAAUAUAGUAAGAAAACAAAAAGAAAAGAAAUUUUUCUCAUCAGCCUUAAGUAAUAAUCACUAUCAACAACUCAAACUAAAAACCAGUUUAUCUUCAUCAUUCUUGCCACUGACUGACGUCUGCUUCUAACGUUCUUCAUAAAUUAAACAAACAAAAAAAGAAUUGACAAAUAAAAAAGAAACAAAAGAAGGAAAGAAGCUGCAUAAAAAACUAGGCUGCUGCAUCAUACUGUAAAUGUCAAUGAACGCCGUAAGCCGUUUGUAAUUGCGGAAGCCUUUUGGCAUUUAAUGGUCUGCUGCUGUCGGUGGCUAAACUCAAAAGCGAUUUAUUUUGUUUGUUGCCUUUAUCGCAGUACAUCUGUGUUGGUGUUGUGGUCAUCGAUUACAGACUGCCCUUGGUGUAUGGCUAAAAGGCAUAAUUUUCGAGUGUAUAUAGGCUGUUCUGCUCUACUUGACUGCACUCUAUACCACUCCACUUCAUAAUAUUACACUCUUAUAUCUUGUAAAGCACUUGUGGUGAUUACUUACAGUAACAGUUUGCAUAAAAAAGCCUUGAAAAAUCGUCUGGCUGACCAACAAACUAACUUACUGACUGACUGACUGAGUGGUGUUUGAUUGUCUUAAAAGUGAGUUAAGUGCAAACCAUAUUCCCUUAAAAAAAAAAAAAAAAAAACGAAAGAGAAGAAGCAUCCGCAGUGAGUGUUGGGGCGUGUUUGUAUUCGAAUCUGUACAACAAUACUGUCGCAGUUUAUGUAUAUGUGUGGAUACUCCUUACCAUCGGUGUGUGUUUCUUUUUUGACCAGCGUCGAAGUGGCGGGGAAGAACGCAGCAGCAGCACUUAUACGCUGGAGUAGUCUCACAAAUAAUGAAGCUCAGCAGUAGCACGUUGUGUGGCUGCUGUUUUUGUUGCUACUGCCACUGUUGGUUAAUGAUGCUGUUAAUGGUCUUAAGCGUUGUUCACGUGUCACCUGAGAUGUCAUCAACAACAACUACAACUAAAAAAUAUACAAAAUUAUACAAUAACAACUACGCUUAUCAAAGUGAAAUGACUGAAUUUUUACAGUUGAAUAGAAAAAUACCAAAUAGAACAAGUAGAACAGUAGCAAAAACUUUAACAACAACAACAUCACCACCAUCACUGUUGCUAUCAACAACAUCAUCACCACUAACAGCAACAAUAACAAGCACUACAGAUAAUCAUUAUAAACAAAAUAAUGUGAAUAGUUAUCCAAUAUUUGAACAUGAAGCGAUAACCACAAUUGCCACAAUACAAACACAAUCAACAACAAUAACAAAAACAAGCACUGUAGUUGCAACACAAUCAGCAACUGCAGCAGCAAUGAAAACAACUCUUGCACCUGAACAAAUACAAAAUCCAGUUGAUGCAACAACAGCACAAAGAAUAGACAACGGAAUAAAAAGACAAGCAGACAUUUUUUACAUAUUCGACAACAGUAUAGAAGAAAAAGAAGAAAAUAAAGAGUUAGAGGCAGCCAGGAAUAUUGAGACGACGUCAACUAAUUAUGUUGCUGAUUAUAGUAAGGUUUUUGUACCACCAACAGAACCUUUUGUUGAAACAUUAACAAUGACAAAUACAAGAAAGCAAGUAAAUAAUUAUAGAAAAAACCACAACACAGAUAACAAAAGAAAAAAUAAUUUGAAAAAUACAAAGUAUUGGAAUGCCAGUAUUGAUUUGAACCGAAAUUUAAGACAUCAGCAACAGCAGCAUAACAAUGGCUACAGUCGUAAUAGCAACUUGAACAAUAGUGAAAGUAAUAAUGAUUUCACAAAUAUCACCAAAAAUAUCAGCAGCAAAUAUAAACAAAAGACAACAAAUACGUUUAACCUUAAUCACAACAACAGAUAUGGAACAGUAAACAACAGCAGGAGCAUAAAUAUAAUAAGACAUCAACAGCAAAAACAACAACAAAAUCAUCUUAGUAUAAGUAUAGCAAAUGGCAUAAGAAUAAGAGCAACCAAAUCAUUAGAUGCAGCACAAAUAGCAACAACAAUUAAUUCCUUGCCAUCUAGUGGCACUAUUGAUUAUAGACAAAGUAGCACUUACAACUUUAAAAACCACAACAGUAAAUACAACAACAACAAAAACUUAGCUACAAGUACUGAUAGUGUUAGUAAUAUAAGCCCAAAGGAAAUCAACCACUAUUCUGAUGACUUCUCUCAUCAUUUGCAAAUACCCACAUCAACUUUAAUGACAACUGCACUAAGAACACCAGCAACAUAUUCUCCUUUACAUGAACAUCAUCACAGCAAUCAAUUGAAGAGACCAGCAUUAUUAUAUCGUCAUACUAGGCAAGCAGCACCGGAAGAUGAACAAAAUGACAAAUGUCGUAUGUUCAUUGAGGGUGAUCCCGAAAAGAAUGAACUUUAUAGUCCUGAUUAUCCCAAUGAUUAUCCGAAAAAUAUCAAUUGUACUCGAGUUAUAACAGCACCAAAGGGACAAAUUAUACGUUUGGAUUUUCGCAAUUCAUUUAAUAUAGAGGAAAAAGAUGAGUGUAAAUUUGACUUUUUAGAGAUACGUGAUGGACAAUAUGGUUUUUCGAAUUUAAUCGGAAAAUAUUGUGGUACUGAUUUCCCACCUGAAAUAACAUCAAAGGAACGCUAUCUUUGGUUACAUUUUCACUCAGACGAAAGUAUUGAAUAUUCUGGCUUUACAGCGGUCUAUGAGUUUAUCGAUCGAAAUCGUGAUGCACCCAGUACUGAUUUAAAUUGCACAAUUGAAAGAGAUGGCUAUGAGGGAUAUGUGAAUGCUACGGAUGUGCCAACCGAGAUAAAAGAUACAGUUAUUCGCAAUAAAAUACCUUUGGAUUGCAUGUGGCGUAUACAGGUGCAGGAGAAAUGGAAGAUACAAGUAAAAUUUGUAGACUUUAAAUUAGCAAAACCUAAUGACUGUGAAACGAAUUUUUUGGAUAUUUUUCCAGAGCAAACCGUAAUGCCUUUAAGAGUUAAAAACUUUUGUGGCUCUGCUGGUGAAGGCAUCACAUCAGAUUCAAAUAUAUUGCAUGUGCGGUUUUAUGCCGAACAAAGUGCCAUCAAUUCAACAUUUUCCAUUUUAUACACCGCCUUUAGAGAACGAGGAAGUUCGAGUUGCACCGAGGACGAAUACGAUUGUGAAGAUGCCACAUGCAUUGCUGGAAAUCUUAAGUGUAAUGGUCGUAGUAAUUGUAAAUUUCUAUGGGAUGAAGAAGACUGUGAUGUUGGUGAGAAUGGGCAAUCAGAACAUAUGACUAUUAUUAUUACAGUAUUUGGUUUAAUAUUGGGUGGCAUGGUCAUAACAUUCCUGGUGAAUUGUGUGCGUAAAAUAAUGCAUGACCAGAAAAUAAUACGGGAACACAUACGCCAGUCUAAAGAAUCUAAAUUAGAUGAAAUGGGUCGUAAUUCAAAAGCACGUUCUCGUGACAACAUAUCGAUUGUAUCACCUAGACAAAAACAUUCACAGACAUCAUUACAAAUACUCGAUGAUGUUUCGAGUCGUUAUUAUCGUGAAAUAGAACUGCAAACAAAGAGUAAUUUUAAGGAAAAGGAUCCAAGUAUUUUGCGACAUGACAUGAUUGUACAGACGAGCUUAUGCAGUACGGAUGAUUCGUCAACAACGAUAACGGAACAACAGCAGCAGCCAACACCGCCAGCUGGUGUUGGCACUAGUGCCUGUGAUAUGGGCUGUCAGACAAGAGAAUCUCUAUUUGCUACAGCUUCAUUAAUGCGUCAAAAAUCUAAAACACCCUCCAUAGGUGGCAGUCAGCGAACUAUAGAGGGUGUACCUCCGCCUCCACGUUUUUCGACCUUUGGAUAUGAUGCUGCACAAAUAGCACCACCGCCACCACCCACCGUAUCGACAUUGUCAAGGCGUAAUAUGCACCUGCCACAAGAGUCUCUAGAAAUGGAACAAUUACCACAGCAAACAACGCACACAAUGAUGAUGAUGCCAACGCCACAUCAACAACAACAGCAACAUCAGCAUUUACAUCAUAGACCCUCACAGGAAAUCUGUCAUCAUCAUCACCAGCAUCAGCAACAUUUACAACAGCAACAACAAAAGCAAACACUGCCACGCCAUCAUCAACAACAACAACCACAGCAUCAUCAACACAUGCAACAACAACAACAGCAUCAUCAUCACACUAGUUCAGCAACAAUACCACCCAAUGUCACACAAAUACCAGCUCCUGGCACAGCCGUUGUAACUGCUAUUUCAACUGGCUCCAGUGGCCGACAAAGGGAACAGGCCAACACCGGACUUUCUGGUGGCAAAGGCAAACAAACUAAAGUUGAUGAGUCAAAAGUGUUUAUUGACAUUAGAAACUCAGCACCCGAUGUUAUAAUCAUGACAUCCCAUUGACAAUUAAGGAAAUUAAAACUAAAAAUUCAAAUGUAUAAAAAUUCUUAUCAGCCCAUUAUUUUGUUGUGUAUUAUUAUCAUCCCAUACCAUCGCCUUACUCAUUGUCAACAUCACUCAUUGAUUUUUUUGUUCUUUAAUGUUUGUUUCAUAUUUGCAUUAAAUGCAGCCAGUAAGUUUGUUUUUAGUUUUAAAAUGUCUAGACGUUUUCCUCAUCUAAUUUAAUUACAUUAAUAUAUAGUUGAUAUUAAAUAUUCAGAAAAGGAAAUACAUUUUGCCAUAAUUAAAUUGAAACUUUAAAUUAAAUUUUCUGUUUUUUUUUUCUUUAAUUUUCAUUAAUAUUUAUGUGUAUGUUUGUAAAAUGACUAUGGCCACUUUUACUUAAACAAAUAUUUAUAAAAUUGGGUUUACAAUGAUGAUGCUGACACAGCACCAUAGAUAAUCAGAAAUGGGGUAUUUUAUAUAACAUGACUUGCCCAUGGCUGGGGUGAAUAAAUGACUGACUGGUUGACUUGGUCAACAUAGUAAAUGUUUAACUAAACUUAUUAAGGCAGUUCGUUCACAAUUUUGCUGAAAUAUAUUUACAAACAACAGCAGGGAAACAAGUAAGGUAAAGUAUUAAGUCAUUGCCGACUGUACAGAAGCCUAUAGUGAGUUUAGCAAUACCAUCCAUUGAUCUGAUAAAGACAAAAGUUUUGCCAAAAAGUUGAAAAUUAAAUCUAUUAUAUUUUUUGAGAAAUUGUGACAUCAUGGAUGUUUUGAAUCAAAUAUGGUGCAAUUAAAUGGUGUAGAGUAUAAAAACAAUAAAAACAUCAUGGUGUUUAAAAAAUAAAUCCUGCAGGAUUAAAAUUUACAAAGCAAUUAUCGGCAACAUGACCUUUGCUUACAUUAUGUCCAUAAACAAGUCAUAUUGGUAACAGUAGUAAAAUUGAAAAUUAUUUAAAAAAUAUUUGAAAUGUUUAAAAGAAAAAAGUUAAUAUUCUUACUUGUUUAAAUCAUUAGAGAAAACUCAACAUUUCUUGAAAAAAAAUAUUCAAAAACCACAAAUAAAAUUUUUCUUCCUAAAUUUAAAAGCAAAUCACAAUUCUACCAAUACAAUUCAAAACAGCGUUUACCUUUAUGCCAUGCACUUAAACAUUUGUUUGUUAGUAUCCCUUGUAUGGGUCCACAUUUUAUUUGUUUGGUCAUGUUUUGCUUCUGGUGAUUCUGCAAAAAAAAAAAAAAAAAAAUACAAAAACAAAACAUCCGGAAAACGGAACAUGUUCAAAAAUACCGUUAUACAUAAAUGUCACCGACCACAUGAUACAUGCUGCAACAACAAAAAACAACAUGUUUAUGGUAACACAACAGAAACAAUAUUUGCAUCAUGUAUCAUAUUUGUUGUUCUUGCAUAUAUGUAUUUCUUCACUUGUUUUUAAUUUUUGUUACUAUUGUUAAAAUGAAUUGAACUCUCGUUGUUGUUUUGGUGGUAAAUGUUUGUAACUGCAUAUACAUAUAUAAAUCCUUUUACCUCUUUCUUUUUUGGAAGAGGAAUAAUUGUUUAAAAUUCAUCAAUUUUUUCCCAAUUGUCGAUUUUUGACGAAAGUAUAUCAAGAACUGAGAAAAAAACUUGUGAAUUGUAUUUAUAGGCACUUCAGAGACAGUGGGGAAAUAUGAUAAACAGUGUUAUAAGGUUAUAUAAAAUUUAAAUUUAAUUCAUUAAAUAUCCCAAUUGAUUGAAAAUAACUCUUUUCAAGAUUUGUGAAAAAAGUUGAAAUGAAACCAAUAGAUGAUAUUUUUAUAGCACUUUUUAAUGCGAAUGCAUUUCCAGAUUUUCUUAAUGCAAAAUGUGUACCACUAAGUAUCGAGUAAUUAGUUUGAAAUGAUGUACACAUGUUACAUAUGAUCUUAAGAAAUAUACCCAGACCACUAUCGCGCCUGGAUCUCUGAUGUGAAUCAAACCCAUAACCUGACAGUACUGACAGACUUUGUUACAUACGAAGACACCCCCUUUGGAGUAGUUACUUUUCAUCAUCGAAUACCUCUCAAAAGUAUUUAAAUCAGCUUGGAAUAUUUUCUUACAAUUUGACCUUUUGACUACCCUUUAUUAUCAUAAAAGGCUAGUCUACUAUCAUAAUUUAAAUAGUUUAUUAUCUAGUCAAUAUAUUUACCAAUUAUCUAGUUUAUUGUUUAGGACUAUGGUUUUUGUCUAGUCAAUACACUGGUCUUUUCUUUUGUCUACUGGCCAAUCUUCUGUCUAUUCUCUGCUUAACUAUGCACUAGUUUAUUAGCUAGUUUAUAGUCGUGUCUUUUGUCUAUCUAGUAUAUUGUCUAGCCCAUGAAAUAGUCAAUCGACUAGCCUAGACUUAUCUUUGUUGAGUAGUGCAUUGAUUGAUAUAUUAUACUAGUCUAUAGUCUGGCUUAAGGGCUAAUGGAACAAACAAGCAAGAAUGUUAUAUCCAGCCAUGCAGAAUCUUUUAUGCCCACCAUCAAAUUUUGUGAUGUAAAGUUAAAGUAAAUUUUGAAAAGUCAAAAUUAAUAUAGACAUGAAAGUGAUGUGAACCGAUCCUCGUAGAGAGAUUUUGUCUUGUAAAAAUCUUAUUUAUGUGUGUCGAAUAUCAUUACUAUGCUCGUAUUUUCUGCAGAGAACUUUAUAUGGGUGGUAGGGUAAACAAUGUACCGAUCGGUUUAACAUUUUAAUAAGAGAUUUAGGUUCCUAAAAAAUUUGUUCAUGUCGAAUCAUGCCUUUAAGGCUGUUAAGUGCUUUAAAAUCAUUUUCAAAAGGAAUCUUAUAUGGCCGGUUGGGUAAAUUAUGGGUCGAUCUUUAAAAAAUGUUAAACAGAGAUUUAUUUACAAAGAUAUUUAGGUUCCUGUAAAACAUAUUUUUAAUUUGAGGCGAUCGAUUAUAUAGCAUUGACGAUAAAAAACAGCACUGAUCAGCUAUUCUAUUUUACGUGAGUGAAGUUUUAAAAGUUGGCUAUUCUGAUACUUUAUGAUCAGUAAGCUUUUAUACAUUUCACAAAAACUGGAACUAUAGUUUAAGAAAGCCAUACUUCAGCUACGUAUACACGGUUUUCAGACCUUGACAACCGCCAGAAAAAUGUUUAGAAAGUGUGAACUUACAAUUUUUGUUUUAAAACGUUGUCAGAAAAGAGGGAAAUUGUAAGUUGACAUUAUUAGAGAUUUUCUAAAUAUUUUUCUUACACUGUAAAAUCUUACAACCGUGAUACAUAGUCUUAGCAUCUCUAUUUGGAAAUCGUCGAAAAGGCGUAAUUGGAUGAUGCUUGAAAUUAAUCUAUUCGAAAGUGUACGAGUCUUCUGUAGAAUUUUAAGUAAUACUAUAUUUAUUCGAAACAUAUUUGUCCAAUUCGCAAUCGAUAUUGUACGGUUGUAUCGCAUACAACAAUACAACAUCGAUUUUGAAUUGGACAAUUGAUAAUCAAAUCGUUAAUACCUUAAAUCCAUUACAUAACUUAACUUUGCUGGAAAACCCUAUACAUAGUGUUCUUAUACAUACAUAUGUAUGUACGUAUGUAUUGGUAUGUAAGUCUCUAUGAAUGUGCUUGUGUGUGCUUUCAGAAUUUAUGGAUUUUUCAUGCUGCAAAAAUGAACCUCCAAAGCUAAUGACAUUGCCCAAUCCGAUAUACACAUCAUUUAUUGUUAUUUUCAGCGACUGGGUAACACCUUUUUGUAUUCUUAUUGUCAUUUCCAAACAGCAUAUCACUAUAUGUAUACACAUUCAUAUUGACAGACAUAAAUACAUAGAGACGUGUGUAAAAUUCAUAUCACUUUGUACUGAUAUUUGAUGCUGAAUACACAAGAAACAAAAACGUAAGGACAACUAACCCAACGUCAACAAAAAAGUAGUUUUCUCUAUUAACAGCACAAG